GUGCGCGUUUCCUCCACAGAGGAGCUGAAGGAGUACUUCUCCCAGUUCGGGUCGGUACAGAGGUGCCAGCUGCCGUUUGACAAAGAUACAGGCUUUCACAAACGUUAUUGCUGGAUUAAAUUCUCUACGCAACAAGAUGUUCAGAACGUGUUUCAGAAGGACUCCCACAUACUUGAAGGUGCCAAGCUUGUGCUCAAACAGCAGGCCCAUAGAAGACACAAUCAAUAA